AUGAGCGCAAAUCCUAGCAACGUUAUCCGCAGGAAGUUGGUCAUUAUCGGUGAUGGUGCCUGCGGCAAGACCAGUUUGCUGAGCGUAUUUACGCUAGGUUACUUUCCUACACAUUAUGUGAGCCUCGACCGUAACCCCUUGCGACGACGAUUAUUGACUUCAGUGGACGGCAAGUCCGUCCAGCUUGCUCUAUGGGAUACCGCUGGCCAAGAGGACUACGAACGAUUACGACCGCUUGCCUACUCAAAAGCCCAUGUCAUCUUGAUAGGAUUUUCCGUCGAUACACCAGAUUCCCUUGACAAUGUUAAGCACAAGUGGAUUGAGGAAGCCACCCGCCUGUGCACCGGCGUUCCCAUUAUUCUAGUUGGUCUUAAGAAAGACCUUCGAGAGGACCCCGUCGCGAUCGAGGAAAUGCGCAAGAAGUCGAUGCGUUUUGUGUCUGAACAUGAUGGAGAGGCAAUUGCUCGGGAAAUUGGCGCGAAGCGAUAUCUUGAAUGCUCCAGCUUGAGCGGCGAAGGCGUCGACGACGUAUUUGAGGCUGCCACUCGUGCCGCUCUGCUGACCUUUGAGAAGGGCGAGGGCGGCGGCUGCUGCGUUGUGCUGUAA